AUGGGUGACAUUCACGAGCGUUGCUUGAACGAAUGGCUUAUGCGUUCUAAUAAUAAUGAUCGGUGUGAAAUUUGUCAAGAAAAGUAUUGCAAAUCAGGAAAUAUUUUGCAGCCUAUUUGGAAAUGGCAGAAGCCACAAAUUGAAAUGACAAAUAUCGUAGAAGUUUCAUCAGUGAUAUGCUUAUCAUUAUGCUUAUGGUAUAUGAUAACACUUACUGUUGAACGAGAAUUCUUCGAGAGAGUUUUCACUGCGGGUUUACCUCCUCGGUCUCCCGAUAUAGCACGCAUCUUGGUAACUCUUCUCAUUAUAUCAACGUUAUUCGGUGGUUUGAUGAAUACAGUAAUGCGAAUUUGGCAUUAUAUCAAUAAACAACGUGCUAUACGGUUUAUGGACUCAGAUGUCAAUAAAAAGGCAUCAAAGUGA